AACGCUUGUGUUGUGCCUUUAACAAAGAAACGUUGAACGUUUUUAUUUACGCAUCAUUUUGAAAUAUCUACCUCCGCUCUCUUUUUGAAUUUGCUCUCAGUAACACACACAUACACUGAUAAAAGCGCUCUCAUUUUCUCUUGUUUCAGGCGUUAUUUUCAAAAAUGUUCUCUGGACGUUCGUUCAGAUACUUUUUUUCCCAUAGAAAUAGCAACAACAAGAGGGUUUUGCACACUCUCGCUCUCUUUAAUCUCUUCUUCUUCAUAUAUACCUACAUUACUCAUAUACUAUAUUCAUUCGUAUUUAGAUCUUCAGCCAUUCAACAAAUCGGCAACGAGGUGGCGAGAAAUUUUUGUUUUAAUUUUAUAAAUUGUAAUAUAAAAAGUGCUAAAAUGCUAAUCUAAAAAUAUAGAAAGAAAAAAGUAACAAAGAUAACUAAGAAAAUAAAUUCAUCGGCAUAUGUUUGUGCAUUAAAAUUUCGUAAACUCUUGCAUCAGCUAAUUUGAAGAGAAUAUAAUUUAUACUAAAGAAUUAGCCAAGUACUCCGCGAGUUUUUUCAAUAUUACAAAACAAAAAACGUGCAGAAAUUAAAGCAGUAGUUAAAAGAUACAAAUGAGUAUUCUGUGGAUAAUUAGAAAAGAUACAAAGUUGGCAUUGUGAUACCCAUCAGAUAUACAUAAAGAAAAUUAUAAAAUAUUUUUGUGUCAAACACAUUGAAGUACGAAAAUACGAAGGCGAUUCUGUUUGUUAAGGAAUCUGGAAUACACAAUGGAAAGAAAUACAGCUGUAACACUUGCCACGUCUAACAUGAACUCUCCUGUAGCAGCUGCUAUUAAAACAGAAUAUUCUGCAACCCCGUCGUCGCCCUCGAUAGCAACGGAUAGUAGGUCAAACAGACAUUUCACCAGAACAUCGGUGAUUACUAAUAACUGCUCUCCAAAUGCAGCAUAUGCCACCCUUCUUAGUACACCAAAGAAGCAUUUGUUGGAUACAGUAAUGCUGCAGACAAUACGAAAGAAACUGGCAACACCGGGUGGUGUAUUUGAACUACAAUCCUUGCGUUCGGACUGUAGCGUCGACUCUGGCGUCAAAGUAAUAAAGGAUAAAUAUAUAAUAUGCGCCAGGCCUAAUAAUGCGGGCGACUCCAAGGGACAAUCGAGUUACCGCCAUUUGGUGGACAUGAGCCUGUCCAAUCUUGUAUGUACUGAUAUUUAUACGGAGGAGCAGUAUCCCGUAAAAAUAAUCAACGAGCCCUUCCAUAAGGUGCAAGAAGCCUAUUUUAAAUUGCAAAUGGAAGGUGAAAAACGCUGCAGUAGCAUUUAUGGGCAUCAAUUGAUACGGGAAGCGCAUGACAUUGUGCCGAUGGAUAAGCUACGAACCUAUAUUAUAUUAGCUCCAGGCAACAAGAGUUCGGAUUCUUGUAGCACUGCCUCCGAAGUAUAUGAGGAUUUGCACACAUAUCUCAGGGAAAACCAUCGACUCUGCGAAACAGAGGCACGGACGCUAUUUCACCAGAUUUGUGAGACUGUUCUUAUUUGUCACAGAAACGGAAUUAUUUUACGUGACCUUAAAUUGAAACGUUUCUUUUUCGUCGAUGAAGCAAGAACAAAACUGCAAUAUGAAUCUCUUGAGGGCUCGAUGAUUCUUGAUAAUCCCGAAGAUGACACACUAACCGAGAAAAUUGGCUGUCCGCUAUAUACUGCGCCGGAAUUGCUUUGUCCCGAACCAAAGUAUAGAGGCAAACCUGCAGAUAUGUGGGCAUUAGGUGUCAUAUUGUAUACCAUGCUUGUUGGACAUUACCCAUUCUUUGUAAAAGGAAACAGCAAUCUUAUUUCCAUUAUUCGCCAAUGUUUUGUACAGCUUCCGGGUCAUUUAUCUCGUUCGGCCAGGUGGCUCCUAUUAGCGCUGCUAAGGAAAAAUAUCAACGAUCGGGUGCCAAUAGAGCACAUAUUUUUGUCUCCAUGGUUAAAGGAACAACGGCCAUUUCAUAUGUACAUACCAGUUGACGUCGAAAUUCCCGCUGAUGAACCAUUGAACACAAGUAGCUCCAUGGAUUGUGCAGAAUUAGACGAAGAUGUUGGCGUCCAGCCAUUGGAUUACUCCUGCAGCAGCUUAAGCCUUAACUGUACUUAUUCGUAUGCUGAAAUGGGUUGAUAUAUAAGACAGUUCAUACAAAGAAAGCAGUUUAAAUCGGCAUACCACCGCAAAUUAGAGUUGGCAAUUUUGAAGCUUUGUCAUCUACAAGUUCUUGACUUGUUUGUUACCUUUCGUGGGCUCAAACAUCCCAAUUAUGUUCACCUUAUUCAUCCAUAUUUUAACAUAAGCUGAAACCAACAUGUUGUCAACCCUCCUGUACAUUUACUUUGAGAGUGUGAGACUGACUUAUGGUAGACAUUCAUCGUGCUGAAAGUGCUGUGUAAAGUUCUACAUUUGCAACCUGUAAAUAAAAAUAAAAUAGAUUUUGUUACAUAACUUAAUAUCAAAACGUUGCCUUGAUUUUAUGGAAAGAUAUUUAUUCGAAGUUCUUCCAAUGUUUCCAUUUGAAAUUUUAUUCUUAAGUCAAACUAUUUUUGUUUAAUUCGUAUAAAAACGAAAAAUAUUUUUAUUUUUGUUCCAAGAUUGAGUAAUAAAAAAUAAUUUGAUCUCAUUA